GGACCUGUCCGAGCAGGAAGCGAGCAGGAUCCCGGCCCUGGCCGCCGCCACCUGGUCCCUGUGCUAGUACGCGUCUUCGUCCUCCUCCCUCGUCCUCAUCACUCGCACCCGCGUCCUCCAGCCUCACCGGCGACAGGUAACCCCGUCGCCGCGCGCUUGCCUCUGCGCCCGCACAGGUGGCAUUUUUCUGAAGGUGUUCAUUGAGACUUAACAGCAUUCCUGUGGAAUAUAAAUAGGUGAUAGUGGAUAGCCCUCUUCAAAAAUGGAGGAUGGAAAGCCCGUUUGGGCGCCACACCCAACCGAUGGGUUCCAGAUGGGCAAUAUUGUGGAUAUUGGCACCGACAGCUUGACAAUUGAACCCUUGAACCAAAAAGGCAAGAUGUUUUUGGCUGUCAUGAACCAAGUGUUCCCUGCAGAAGAAGACAGUAAAAAGGAUGUGGAAGAUAACUGUUCGUUAAUGUAUUUAAAUGAAGCCACACUUCUCCAUAAUAUCAAAGUUCGGUAUAGUAAAGACAGAAUUUAUACGUAUGUCGCCAACAUUCUGAUUGCAGUGAACCCAUACUUUGACAUACCUAAAAUAUAUUCUUCAGAAACAAUAAAGUCAUAUCAAGGAAAAUCUCUUGGGACAAUGCCACCUCAUGUCUUUGCAAUUGCUGAUAAGGCUUUUCGAGACAUGAAGGUGCUCAAGAUGAGUCAGUCUAUCAUUGUAUCUGGAGAAUCAGGAGCUGGCAAAACAGAAAAUACAAAAUUUGUUCUAAGAUAUCUGACUGAAUCCUAUGGAACAGGUCAAGAUAUUGAUGAUAGAAUUGUUGAAGCCAACCCACUCUUAGAAGCCUUUGGAAAUGCAAAGACUGUUCGCAACAAUAAUAGCAGUCGAUUUGGAAAAUUUGUAGAAAUACAUUUCAAUGAAAAAAGUUCGGUUGUUGGAGGAUUUGUUUCACAUUAUCUCCUAGAGAAAUCUAGGAUCUGUGUUCAAGGCAAAGAGGAAAGGAAUUAUCAUAUCUUUUAUAGGUUAUGUGCUGGUGCUUCUGAAGAUAUUAGGGAAAAACUUCAUUUGAGUUCCCCAGAUAAUUUUCGGUAUUUAAACCGAGGCUGCACUAGAUACUUUGCCAACAAAGAAACUGACAAACAGAUUUUACAGAACCGUAAAAGCCCUGAGUGUCUUAAGGCAGGUUGCUUGAAAGAUCCUCUGUUAGAUGACCAUGGAGAUUUUAUUAGAAUGUGCACCGCCAUGAAAAAGAUUGGUCUGGAUGAUGAAGAGAAACUUGAUCUGUUUCGGGUAGUGGCUGGUGUCUUGCACCUUGGAAAUAUUGAUUUUGAGGAAGCCGGCAGCACUUCAGGUGGUUGUAAUCUGAAGAAUAAAUCUACUCAGUCAUUGGAAUACUGUGCUGAGUUACUGGGUUUGGAUCAAGAUGAUCUUCGUGUGAGUUUAACCACAAGAGUCAUGCUUACAACAGCAGGGGGCACUAAGGGAACAGUUAUAAAGGUACCCCUGAAGGUGGAGCAAGCAAACAAUGCCCGCGAUGCCUUGGCGAAGACUGUCUAUAGCCAUCUCUUUGAUCAUGUGGUUAACAGAAUAAAUCAGUGUUUUCCUUUUGAAACCUCAUCCUAUUUUAUUGGGGUCCUAGAUAUUGCAGGUUUUGAGUACUUUGAACAUAACAGUUAUGAGCAAUUUUGCAUCAACUACUGCAAUGAAAAACUUCAACAAUUUUUUAAUGAAAGGAUUCUGAAAGAGGAACAAGAACUCUACCAAAAAGAAGGUUUAGGUGUUAAUGAAGUACAUUAUGUGGAUAAUCAGGACUGUAUAGAUUUAAUUGAAGCAAAAUUAGUGGGCAUACUGGAUAUUUUGGAUGAAGAAAAUCGCCUUCCCCAGCCCAGCGACCAACACUUUACAUCUGCAGUUCACCAGAAGCAUAAGGACCAUUUCCGACUCACUAUCCCCAGAAAAUCUAAACUGGCAGUUCAUAGGAAUAUCAGAGAUGAUGAAGGCUUCAUUAUUAGGCAUUUUGCAGGGGCAGUGUGCUAUGAAACAACCCAGUUUGUGGAGAAAAAUAAUGAUGCCCUACAUAUGUCUCUUGAAUCCUUAAUAUGUGAAUCCAGAGAUAAGUUUAUUCGGGAAUUAUUUGAGUCAUCCACAAAUAACAACAAAGAUACUAAACAAAAAGCAGGCAAACUCAGCUUCAUCAGUGUGGGAAACAAGUUUAAGACACAGUUAAAUUUGCUUCUGGAUAAACUUCGAAGUACUGGAGCAAGCUUUAUUCGUUGCAUCAAACCUAAUUUAAAAAUGACAAGCCACCACUUUGAAGGUGUUCAGAUUUUGUCUCAACUUCAAUGUUCAGGUAUGGUGUCUGUUUUGGACUUGAUGCAGGGUGGUUUUCCAUCACGAGCUUCAUUUCAUGAACUCUAUAACAUGUAUAAAAAAUACAUGCCAGAUAAACUUGCAAGGUUGGAUCCAAGACUAUUUUGUAAGGCUCUCUUUAAAGCUUUGGGCUUAAAUGACGUUGACUAUAAGUUUGGGUUAACGAAAGUAUUUUUUAGACCUGGCAAGUUUGCAGAAUUUGAUCAGAUUAUGAAGUCUGACCCUGACCACUUAGCAGAGUUGGUGAAAAGAGUCAAUCACUGGCUUGUCUGCAGUCGCUGGAAGAAGGUUCAGUGGUGUUCACUCUCGGUCAUCAAAUUGAAAAACAAAAUAAAAUAUCGAGCUGAAGCCUGUGUUAAAAUGCAAAAAACUAUUCGAAUGUGGCUUUGCAAAAGAAGACACAAACCUCGCAUUGAUGGCCUGGUUAAGGUGGGCACACUGAAGAAACGACUUGGUAAAUUUAACGAAGUUGUCAAUGCACUGAAAGAUGGAAAACCAGAAAUGAAUAAAAAGGUCAAGAAUCUUGAAAUUUCUAUUGAUGCUUUGAUGGCCAAAAUUAAGUCCACUCUGAUGACAAGGGAACAAAUACAGAAGGAAUAUGAUGCACUAGUUAAAAGCUCAGAGGAACUUCUCAGUGCAUUACAGAAGAAAAAACAGCAGGAAGAGGAAGCAGAAAGGUUGAGACGUAUUCAAGAAGAAAUGGAAAAAGAAAGAAAAAGACGUGAAGAAGACGAACAACGUCGAAGAAAGGAAGAGGAGGAAAGGCGGAUGAAACUUGAAAUGGAGGCAAAGAGAAAGCAAGAAGAAGAAGAGAGAAAGAAAAGGGAAGAUGAUGAAAAACGUAUUCAGGCUGAAGUGGAGGCGCAGCUGGCCAGACAGCGGGAGGAGGAGUCUCAGCAGCAGGCGGUUCUGGAGCAGGAGCGCCGGGACCGGGAGCUGGCGCUGAGGAUCGCCCAGAGCGAAGCGGAGCUUAUCACUGACGAGGCUCAGGCCGACCUCGCGCUCCGGAGAGGUCCUGCUGUACAAGCCACCAAGGCAGCUGCUGGUACCAAGAAACAUGACCUUAGUAAAUGGAAAUAUGCAGAGCUACGUGAUACCAUUAAUACGUCUUGUGAUAUUGAGCUCCUGGCAGCUUGCCGAGAAGAAUUUCACAGGAGACUAAAAGUGUAUCAUGCUUGGAAAUCCAAGAACAAGAAGAGAAAUACUGAAACAGAGCAACGUGCCCCAAAGUCUGUUACUGACUAUGCUCAACAGAACCCAGUGGCUCAGCUUCCUGCCAGGCAGCAGGAGAUUGAAAUGAACCGACAGCAGCGCUUCUUUCGCAUCCCAUUCAUCCGCCCUGCAGACCAGUACAAAGACCCACAGAGUAAGAAAAAAGGCUGGUGGUACGCUCAUUUUGAUGGACCAUGGAUUGCCCGGCAGAUGGAACUCCACCCUGACAAGCCACCCAUCCUUCUUGUGGCUGGUAAGGAUGACAUGGAGAUGUGUGAGCUGAAUCUUGAAGAGACAGGCCUCACUCGAAAGCGUGGUGCUGAGAUUUUGCCAAGACAGUUUGAAGAAAUUUGGGAACGCUGCGGAGGCAUCCAGUAUCUUCAGAACGCGAUUGAGAGCAGACAGGCUAGGCCCACGUACGCGACGGCCAUGCUGCAGAAUCUGUUAAAGUAAACGUUGCACACUAACCUUGUAGCUGGGAGCCCUUACGGUGGUUCUGAGGGGUGUGUGCCCCAGAGAUUUCACCACUCCAUGAUCAUGUUAGCAUUACUUAGACAAAGUGAACAGAUUUUAGUAAUGAUGGGUUUUUGUUAAUUUGCUUAAGGUUAAUUAUGGUAGUGAGUUUGGGACCUAAAAAUUAUUUUCUGCUCUAACUCUUAAAUCUCUCAUUAUUCUAAUACUUGUUACACUUGGACAGACUCUGACAUUUCUCAUCCUUUUCCAACAGACUACCUUAAGUGCAGCCAUCAUAGUUGUUCUCUAGGAAAAGAGAAUUUUUUUAAAACAAUCAUACUACUUACACUUUUUAAGGAUGGCACAGUACCAUGGAACUGGAAUAUUGACUUAAAUUUUUUACAAGAAUUAAGGCACUUGAAAUGAUCAAGGCACUGAUGUUUUAGUCUGAAAAGCUGCUCACAUUCUACUCACAUUUUCAGAAACUCAUGGACGUUUCCCCUGAAGGUGGAAACUAUGAUUUUUUUUUUCUCCCUCCUUCACUGUGUCUUAGUUUGAGUGAAGUGAUUCUAAAAGUUCUAGAAUUCUAGAAAGGGCCUUCCUGUAUUUGAUGUACUCUGUAAUAAAGAGUACUUACAGUAUCCUGCACGGAUUUGUUUUUCUUUUCUAGCACAUUGUUGCUAUAAGAAUGUUCUUUUUAUAAUGGGCAAAUAAAGGAAAUUCAGACACUUUAAAGGCCUAAAAGUUUUGAAAUGACUUGUUUUGUUUAGGAAAGGAAAUAGAUUUUUGGUGGCACCAUGGUUUAACUGGGCCGAAUUCAAAUAUUCUUUCAACUUCAUCUCAGUUACGAUUUUUGUGUCAGAAUCUUGUCCAAGUUGUUUCAUGUGAUUUAGUGUUGUGCUUCAGACAUCUUUUAUUAUUAUUUUUUAAUUCCCACUGUCUUUUUUGGCCUUUGAGAUUUUGGUAAUUGUAGAGCUGUUUUAUAAGCUUCGUAAUUCAAAAGCCCAGGUACUUAAUAAUUGCUUGUUUCGUGUAACUGAUAAUCUAAAAAGAAAAAACAAAAACACGUUUUCUUUGUGUGCUGUUUAUUUUGAUCAAAGGCCAGCUGUUUCAAGCCUAAUAUUUAUGACUUUCAUAUUAGGAAUUGAGAGACAAAAAUGCAUCAAGGAAUUAUGUUGACAUAAUCCUAAGAAGUCUUGUUUGUAUUUUAGAAUAAAAUUAGAAAAUAAAACUAUUCUCUGCACCUUGCUUUUCUGAUUUUUAAAGACCCUAACCUUUGAAAUGAAUUCCCAGUAAUUUUUUUUUUUCUUAGAAAGGAUACCUCAGUUAGGAAGAUAUUUCCAAACUGAUUUGUGUUUGUGAGCCACAGACACUGUUUUCAGAACUGUUUCCCUCAUAGUGUCUGUCUUAGUGCAGAGGCGUUUAUUUAUUAUGCUACCGUGCAAACGAUUGUCUUCUGUUAGGAAAGCACACUGUCCUGUCUGUGCUGUCAAUUGAGUAUGUGAAUGUGAUUAUGUUUUGAAGGCUGUAUUACUGCCCGGAUUGACCCACCCUGGGGUCAUUUGGUCCCUGUGGUUGGUGACACAAGGUCUGGUUAUUGAAAUAAAUGACCUGUUCUCUCUCUUCUGAUCUCUUGCCUUUAAUCGGUGUUUUAAUUGUAUAGGAUAGGGAAUAAUUAGUUUUGUUUCCUAACUAGUUGCAAGUACUGUCCUUGAAGAAAUUAUUCAAAUUGAUUUUUAAUGACUUGUCCCUUUUUAACUGUUCUCAGAAACUGUUUAUAUACCUCUUAGAUACAAUAAUAGCCACUAGAUGGAAAAAUUAAAACUACUGUAAUCAGAAAACUUAAUAUUUUAAAAGACAUAAGAAAUAUACCACAGCAAAGCAUUGUUAAAAAUCUUUUUUAGUUUUUGACUCUAAUAGUUAAUAAAAUCAUAGUUAAUCACAAGCCAUUUUGUUUCUAAUUAUGUUACACAGCUGUCCUAGAACUUGAUCUAUUUAAAAUAGUCACCUGAGUUAAUUUUGGCUACCAGGAGAAUUGCCCUAAUUCGAAUAGACUUUCAGUAACCUACAUACAAUAGAUGUACAUACAUACACUCAGAGGUCUGAUUGCUGGAGAAACUGAGGACCUCAUUGACCUUUUAAGGGAAAUAUAGUGCUGUCAAGAUGCUGCAUUACUAUGUCACAGUGACACCUAUAAGAUCGAGGAGAAAACUGUAGGAAUCAUAAGUAAAUUAAUUCAUGUUUUCAUUAAUCAUUUUAAUUAAGAAUAAAAAUUGCAAGUUUUAACCAGCGAAAUCUGCCCUUAAUUCUUAAUGCUUGUCUUCCGCAAUACCAGUUCCUUCCUUACUAUACUCUUUGGCAAAGGUAGGUAUAUCUAAAAUAUUAAAAAUAGGACAAAAUAUUUUUACAUUUAAUUCGAUUAUUGAUGUAAUUUCUAAUUCCUUUAACACAUUUUAGAUCUGUAUAGGGUCAACUCAACGGCAGCGGGUUAUCGUGAGCCAUGGGUAUGCACUGAGAGAAGGAAAUUUCCCUAAUGCACAUACGGCCAGAGAACACUGACUUUUCUUAGUUGUAAAGUUGGAGUGAUAAAAUGAUGUGCUAGAAGCAUGAGCCGACACAAAGAGCACUUUAUUAUUGCUCACAUUCAGCUUCCUAUGACGACUUUUUAGAGUUCAUUCUUUCUAGUAACAUAGCAAAACCCUUUUGUUUUGCAAGCAACCAAGAAAAGAUCAUCUUAAGUGGAAGAGAGGUGGUGUCGGUGGAGGUUUAACUAGGGAAUAGAAAAGCAUAGGCAAGAAUAAUAAUGAGGAUUUAUUGUCUGUAGAGUUUCAUUAAUUGGAGAUUUCUUUAAAGAUAUUUUCAUUCAUAGGUUAUUACUGUGGUUCUCAGGGGAUCCAAAUAUGUAGAUCUUUGGUUUCUUUACCUACAGUUUGUUAGGAGUUCUUUGGAUCAGCAGAAUAACUACUGAAUCAGUCAGUUAGUCAAUUAAUACAGUGUUAGUGGUAGACCUACCUCCUUUUAUGGAUGAGGGAACAGAGAUCCACAAAGGUCAACUAAUUUGGUUCUGAAUCAUGAAGAAGAUACAAAUGCCUUUGUUCCAACUAUGUUGAGAAAUAAAACAAGCAAACAUUUUAACAGCCCUCAGAAUUUGCAAAGGGUUUUGCUUUUGUCAUUCUAUGCCUUCAGAAGGUGUGACAGGUUUUUUAUAUUAUUUAUCAGUAAUAACAAUUAUGGAGAGUCUUAAUUUCUCCCAGAAGAUAAACUAACAAAGGAGAGAAGGGCAGGGGCAGGGGCGGAUUAAUCAGUAAACAAGGUACGCACAGGCUUCCUUGUGUUUACGUAUCUGCACUGCACUGUACCUGUUUUUCACCACAUCAUGUGACAUUGCGUACUGUGGAUUUGUAAGUAAACACAAUGAGGCCCCAGUGUACCUUACUUAUUGGGUAAUCCAUCCCUGGGGAGGGGAUAUCCAAAAAUGAGAAUAAGGACAAGUCAGGGAGAGCAGUUGUUAAUAGCUAAGGUGGAAGAGAAAGGUGAUGUGCCCUUGAAGACUACAUCCCUCAGGUUAGAAAACACUGAAGAUUUUAGGCACCAAAGCUCUCUUAGAUCUUUGCUAAUUUUUAAAGAAUUACAUGUAAUAGAAGAGCAGAAUCUGUAGUUAUUAAAAUUUGGGUCAAGAUAGAGCUGGUGUAUUGGUUCUCAGCAUAUAGAACUGGAGAAGGCCAGCACUAGGUAGACCUUCUGUGCAUAGCCUCAUUAAGGGUAAAGUGGAAACACUUUCAGAGUUAGAGCCUGACCAUGCCAGGACUGGGUCUUUGAAUAAAAUCAAGUUCAAAUUCAUGUAUUCUUCUUUCUUCAUUUGCUAACUUAAUGUAUGAAGUAAGUUUGGAUGCUUCAGAAGUUUUUCUGUUGAUAAUCAAGAAAACUCAGUGCACAUUUAAAAGGAGAAUCUCACGAUACUGAUGUGUACACAUGCAGAAUCUCAGUUCACCUUCAGAAUCCAGAUAAGGCAUAUUACUUGGUUGUUUUCCUUUCACUUUGAAAAAUUCAUCUCGUUACAACUGUUGCUUAAUUUUUCCUCAUUAAAAAUGUGUAUCUGAUUCUUUCCUAAA